AUGGUAUUGAAGGAUUUCUGCGAGAGGAUUGUUGCUGCAAAAUGUUCUUCUAAAAGCUCAACCGAGGCUGUAGAUAGUACUCAGGUGCCCGCCUCAUCGAAGGCAGGGUCUAGUGAUAGUAAGUUUCCCAAGGCUUCCUUAUGGUCAACCUUCUUUACAUCUGGUUUUUCAGUCGAUGAAACAUAUAGUGAAUCAUCAUCUUCUGAAAAGAAAGCAGUUCAUUCUCGAAAUAGUGGGUGGGCAGCUGCUGUGAGAAGAGUCAUUAGUGGCGGCUCAAUGAGAAGAUUUCAGGAGCGUGUACUAGGUUCAAGCAGGACUGACGUUUCGAGCUCUGAUGGAGAUAUAUGGCUUCUAGGUGUCUGCCAUAAAAUUCCACCGCAUGAAUCAACCGGAGAAGUAGAUACUCGUAAUGUGUUUGCAGAAUUUGAGCAAGAUUUUUUCUCAAAAAUAUUAAUAACUUACCGGAAAGGUUUUGAUGCAAUUGAAGAUUCAAAGUAUACAAGUGAUGUUAAUUGGGGCUGUAUGCUUCGAAGUAGUCAGAUGCUUGUUGCUCAGGCAUUAAUUUUUCAUAAAUUAGGUAGAUCGUGGAGAAAAACUACUGAUAAGCCAGUUGAUAAAGAAUAUAUUGACAUCUUGCAACUAUUUGGUGAUUCGGAGGCUGCUGCUUUCUCUAUCCACAAUCUUCUUCAAGCUGGUAAAGGUUAUGGUCUAGCUGUUGGGUCAUGGGUGGGACCAUAUGCAAUGUGUCGUACAUGGGAAGUUCUAGCUCGAAACCAGAGGGAGAAGAAUGAUCAAGGAGAAAAGCCACUUCCAAUGGCUAUUUAUGUUGUUUCUGGAGAUGAAGAUGGGGAGCGGGGUGGAGCACCUGUUGUCUGCAUUGAUGAUGCCUCCAAACAUUGUUCUGAGUUUUCAAAAGGCUUAGCCGCUUGGACACCUAUACUUUUAUUGGUUCCUUUGGUUCUUGGACUUGAUAAAGUCAAUCUAAGGUAUAUUCCACUAUUGCAGUCAACUUUUAAAUUUCCCCAGAGCCUUGGAAUCUUGGGUGGAAAACCAGGCGCUUCAACAUAUAUUAUUGGCGUUCAAAGUGAAAAGGCAUUUUACCUUGAUCCACAUGAUGUUAAGCCGGUUGUUAAUAUUACUGGUGAUACUCAAGAGCCUAAUACGUCAUCGUAUCACUGCAACAUUAGCAAGCACAUGCCCCUAGAUUCAAUUGACCCAUCUUUGGCUAUUGGAUUUUACUGCCGAGACAAAGAUGAUUUUGACGAUUUCUGUUCUCGGGCUAUUAAGCUUGCUGAAGAAUCAAAUGGUGCACCAUUAUUCACAGUAGCUCAAUCCAGGAGUCUCUCAAUUCAAGUUACAAGUAGUUCUGUGUCAGGUGACAACACUAUGUUUGACGAUGAUUCUCUUGGUACGAACCUCGACAAUGAUGCAGGCACCAAUGAGGAUGACUGGCAAUUCCUAUAA